UGACACCGGAGCGGAAGAAUACGAUGCUGAGGAGACCGACGAUGGUGAGCGAGCCUGUCCGAAUGAGUGUUCCGGUGUUCGCGGGACUGGUGGUAAGAAGGAAAUACAUAGAAAUGGCAAUGAGGAUGGAGCUUGGGUCAGGGCAUUCUUGCGAGGAGGUCCGGUCGCAAAAGCAGCUGGUCCAAAAGUAUUCGACGUGAUGAGCUCGAAGGGUUAA